GGAACAAAACAUGCCAGCAUCCUUGAGAAAACUUCAGCAAAUGGCUCUUUAUCUGGCAGUUGUGUCUGGUGGAGGAAGUGCUCUUAUGUAUUACUACAUACAAAAGAAUUUUGCCAGAACACAGUACUAUCAGCAGGCUCUUGAGCAGCUUCAGAAAGACUCCGCCGCCCUGGAGGCGCUUGGUGCUCCUCCUCUUAAAGUACAUUACAUCAGGCUGACUGACAAGACCAACUGUGUUGACAUGUCAAGAGCUCAGUUAAGGAUACCAGUAUCUGGGACAAAGUCAGCUGGUUAUCUUCAUGUCUGUUCAGAGAAGGACUUCACUCUUAACAGCUGGCAUCUGCAAGAAGUCACACUGCAGCUCCGUAACAGCCAAAGUGUUCCAGUCUUCCUAUCGUCACAGAAGGAUGCUUCUCAGCAGGAGAUGUAAAAAUCAAAAAGUUCAAGACUUCGGGUGUGUGUGUGUGUGUGAUUUGUGUUGUCACAAGUAAAAGUUUUAAAUGCUAGUUGGGAGCCAAAAGGCUUGGUCCGGACAUCCGCAAGGGUCUGCUCUUAUGUAGAAGGAUAUUCUACCAUAUAGGGCAUACCCAAAGCUUUUAGCUUUCAACAUGCUUUUGAAAAAAAGCUAUCCUCCGCAAUAUUGGGUGGCUUCCUGUAGCCAGGAUCCAACAGGUUUCUUCAACUUUAUCAAGGUAGCAUAGUAGAGGUUUUCCCUGUGCACAACCGGUUCUGGCCUUUUAGGUUCUGGUUACAUAAUAAAAGCCUUUUGAACACA